UCCGGGAUACACCUUCCAUCUCCAGCCUCCAACCUUCAAGUUCUUCUUAAUACCAUGCUUCGUAUUCAACAUCGAACAACAUCGGACCCAAAGUUUCCACUCUCAAAAUCUCUUCAUCCCACCUCUUUGUAGGCCUGUCUACACGCACAGACAUGUAUUUUCAGUGAUGACAUUCAUCUAGGGCCCAGAUAACACGAUGCUGCGAGCCGGCUUAGAUCUUGAUCAAACCAUCAAUAAUCAGUCAUCAGUGGCCCCAGCUGAAUCCUGCCUCAACAGCAGCAAAACAGCGAACAAAAUCUUCUGGGUAUAAGAAAGUGAUGGCUGAUUGAACUUACUUUUUUUCGUCUGCCUUUCUGUCUCAUUGACAUUGAAAAGCUCAGCUGUCAUGACGCUUGGAGGGUCUCUAGGCAGGUCAUCCAGCCAUAAAAACAAAAAGAUUCACAGACCUUCACCGUUUCCGCCCACGCCCUAUCUCCAUCGGGGAGACACUAAUCAACCUACUCUUUACCACCCACUCGCACUUGACAGGCAAGAGAGAGGUCGGAAGGCCUUGGAUAUUUCACUUGACCACCAAGUGAUUGAUAUCUCUGCCGACCACAUCAUCUCCCUUCCACCAGGGUCAAUGCAGUCACAGACUUUCCUCUCGCACCCACCAGCUGCGAGUCGUAAUUCAUCAUUCACUUCGAUCACCUCUCCGCCUUCUCCAAAAUAUCCAGCUUCUAUCUUGCCAGACGAUUCGAUUACCUCAACUCACGCUUACGCUCGAGGCUCAGUACGUUCGACAAUGAUGAAAGGGAGAAUUGCUACCACAGAUACACCCGCACCAGGUAUUAUGGAAGAGACUGAGGAACAAGACGAAUUAAGAGGCUUACGCAGUGAGAGCAAAUUGGGUCUCGGAGCUUUGGGGUUCAACGUCUCUAGCGUUAGCGUCGGUUCAAGGAACAAGACAGACGAGAUGCUAGGGUUUGACGCAAAUGCAAAACUUGCUAGCCUCUACUUGGUAUCGGGUUUGGGAAAGAGUACGGCAGAAUGGUCAUUGGCAGACACCUUUCGUGGGGUGCAACCACUCGAAGAUUCUCUUGGACUGUUUUGGCGACCUGAUAUGCUUGGCAGCUGCUUCAGCGGUGAUAAGCGGCACAACCGAUCUGCUACACAAGGGGGUGAAGACCACCGAUCUCGUAAAGAUUCGAAAAGCAGCAUGUUCAGCAGCGGCGGGCUAUCCAAAGACCUAAAGGGCAAGCAUGUAGCCGACGCUGGACCAGGAGGUGCCCAAAAACUGGUAGCGAAAACGCUCAAGUUUGCACACCCUCGAGACGUCGAGAUCGUCAAUUCCGUCCUUGCACCUCCAGCCACUUUUCACGCGUUUACAUUCACAAUUCCUCGCCACGACACUCUUGCCGCUGCCGCCGCUCGCGCUCGAGAACGCCUUGAAUCAACCGUUUCCGGCCCCGUAGAUUUCAAUCGUUUUGCCGACGCGUCGUCGUCAACGGCAACGGUCAACAAGGCCGUUGCCUCUGCUCCCGAGCUCUCUUUUUACGGGGUUACCCUCACCGUGUGGACUCAUGCGGAUAAAAACCGAGCUGUUCAGCUCAAAGCGAUGAAAUCCCGCUCCGAUCGAAUCGAACUCGGAGCUCAAAAUUCACUGAACGCGAUGAAUCCUGUAUCGCCGUCAUACCAUCGCGCAGGACAACGAAAGGCCAGUACCACUCCGGAUAAGAAAGGCACUCGCCGUUCUUUGGGCCAUGUGCUGAGAAACCAGAGCGAGGCCGAUACCACUAUAGGAAGCGAGACAGAGACGGGUAUGAGUGAUUCCGACAUGGAGGGGCCUACGGACAGAAGGAGAGGAUGGAUGGAUCGAUUGAGUGUUGUUGAGAGUGUGCCAGAAGAUGUAAAGGCGGUAUUCGACGAGCAGAUUGAUGUGUUCUGGAUGCCGUAUGCGAUCACUCUGGUUUCAAGGUACCCGAUCUACGACACUCUACAAGAUUAUCUUGGCCUCAGUUGGGCCCGCUUCUCAAAGAACGCUCGUGUUCACAUGUCUCAAGUUUCGCGUCUACUGAACACUACUAUUCCCCCUCGCCCCGGAGGCGCUUUCCGGCUUCCAAUUGGAAUUUCUUCCGACGACCAAGUUAUUCUCAAAGGAUGCAUGCCGGGUGGCUUGAUCGAUUUCGACAAAGGUUUGGUCAAGGUCGAUUUCCAGAUAUGGCCACUAUUCCAAGCUUUAGAUCUUGACCAUAUUAUUAUUUGCGCAGAGGUUGCACUGAGCAACUCUGGAAGAAUUAUUUUCUGCUCUAAACACCCGGCAAUGCUCAACAUAGCAGUGAGCUCUCUCAAGUAUUUGGUUGAACUUGGAGGGUGGAACGGUGUUGCCGUACCUGUCAUUCAUGCAAGAGAUGCUACUUUUAUUAUCGAGGAUCCUGGACCUUUUAUCAUUGGCCUGUCUAGUGAGUGCCGAUAUGUCGUGGCUCCUCCGGCCGAAGUGGUGAUUGUGGAUCUUGACUCCAACUCGUUAUCAUGCCGCUCGCCUCUGGCCAAUGUCAUCUCACCUCGCGCUCGCCGCGAAAAAGCCAAACAAAAACUCCUUGCCGCUCUUGGUCCUACCUAUCCCGCCGACAGGUCCAUCCCCAUGGAAUUCAAAGUAUCCUAUCCGAAGGGCGCGUUCCGACCACUGAACAAGAUCACUUGGUCAACGGUGGAAAGGCCGAAUUUCCUUGGCGAGAGGUUGCGGGAACCGGGAUGGUGGAAGUUUGAAAGCGUCAUGUCCGUGUUUGACAAGAUUUUAGCGCACAAGCACAAGAAACCAAGUCUUAUUCAAAGACUAACGAGAUCAGGCGUGGGUCGUGCGCAAGCUCAGUUGACUGUUGGGGAGCAAUUGGCUAAAGCCAUGAUGCGCCGACGGGCGUUGCACUAUGUCGAGGCUAGAGAUGAUCUCGAGAUCAAGGUGGCCAAGAUCAACAGAAGAUUGCUAAAGCUUAUCCAAGAAGGUGAACAUUGGAAAAGUCAAUUCGAGACGUUUGAAAAGUAUGCCGACAAGCUCACGAAUGAAGCGAACGAGUUGAAAAUCAAGAUUGAGAGGGAGCGGCGCGAGGCAAAGCGUCUUUCCAGCAUUGCCAAUGAGCAAACGCAAGUCAAUUUGGAACUCGAAGAAAAGCUGGAAAACACUGAGACUGCUCGUGCAGAAGCAAUGCGGCAGUUAUCGGAUAUGCAUCAAUCGAUCCAAGAGCUUGAACGUGAGCGGGAAGAAAUCAUAAACUCUAUCGAGAUGCAAAUCGGCGGCGCACUCGAUCACUACUUGCCACAACGCCCACCGUCUCCUUCCAUUUCUUCUCCUUCUUCGCGACCUGGUACGCCGGGCGAUGCCCUUGCGUCACCUACCACGGGAAACAGCCACGGUUCUCUUUCCGAGGACGCAGCAUGUCGGAAGAGCAAGGAGAGGCCGAUGACUGCCGAUUCUCAGCAGAGUUUCAAGAGUGGGAUGAGCGGGAUGACAGGGCUGAGUGUGUUGGGACAUGCGAGGGGUGAGAGAAGGAGAAGAGAAAGCGUGGUGGAUACUUUACGCACUGGAGGAGACGGGAGGGCGUAUACAGGGGCUCUGGAUAUAGCGCAGAGGGUCGCGAAUAUACAUGCCAAACUCGAGAUGGCGCUUGGUGUGGUUGCACGACAAAACGCGAGUGGCGAGGGUGAGGGUGAGACGAGUGCCGAUAUGACUCUUACGAACCCUCCGCACGAUACCAUCUCGACGGACGGUGCGCUUGUAACGUCAGAGCCGACGCCUGGAGAAGAAAGUGACGACGGGACUGAGAAAGGCAGUCGUACCGGCUCAUGUUUACUCGUUCGCGACGGUUCGGAUUCGGAUCUGGGGAGCUGGGGUUCUACGGCGGCGCCUGGGGAUGAUGAUGGGGAGGAAAAGGUAAAAGAAUGGGUAGAGGAUGACGGGCUGAACAAGCGGUUGAGUGGAUUGUCGACGACGAUUCAUUUCGGCAAGGCGAUGUAAGGCGCGCGGAGUGGUGAUACAUGGCGGCGAGCUCGACUGUGUAUUAGAAGUGUGUUAUUUUAAAGCAACGAUGUAGCGAGAUGUAAAAUAAAUGGAAUGG